UAAGCGCCGCUGGGACAUUUCUGUCUGUUCUGCAGUGUCUCUAACAAGCUGUUGCCAGCGGAGCAUGGAGAUGGGUCCGGAGGAGGGUGAGACAGGGGGGGAGAGCGACUCGGUGCCCUACCAGAAAAGAAUGUGGAAGCAAUUUCAAGCGAAAUCCAAACCCUUUAUGAGCAAUAAACUUGUCUCAAGUCGCGGCGAAGGAAGAAAAGAGGGCGGGAGCUGGCUUUUUAAGAAGAAAAAACAGCACCAGAACGCCUUGGUGCGAACGCUGUCCUCCUCGCAACCCAACCUGCACACUUUAGGAUCACUGCGUGACGGUGAGGAAGAUAAGCCCCCCCGUUGCGGUACCACAGACCCGCACAUCAGCAAGGCAGGGGCGGCGAUGCACGGAAACACUGCGGGGACAGAGGUGGCUAAACAGCCGGUGAUGGCGAAACAGAGUAGCCCGAAGCCCACAGUGUCACAUUUGGUGCAAUCCCACCAUAAGAGCUCCUCUCUCGGCUCAGCAUGCAUUGAGACGUUGCGGAAGGACCCUGUGGCCAAAGAUGGGGAGAAACAACAGCUGGAUAACAUGGACUCGAGUAUCCAUGCCCCAGGGCAGCCCACUGCAGCCCCCGCCCUGCCCUCCUCUGGUUUGUUCCAGCUGGACAUCACGCUCAGGAAGGGCAACAACCUGGCCGUACGGGACAGAGGAGGAACCAGUGAUCCGUACGUGAAGUUUAAGUUGGGCGGUAAAGAGGUGUACCGUAGCAGAACCAUCCACAAGAACCUCAACCCCGUAUGGGAGGACAGAGUUUGUCUCAUUGUGGACUGCCUGCAUGAGCCUCUUUACAUCAAAGUGUUUGAUUAUGACUUUGGUCUUCAUGAUGACUUCAUGGGCUCAGCCUACCUUUACCUGGACACUCUGGAACAGAACAGGCCGCUGGAUGUGUCUCUGGACCUGAGGGACCCCCAUCACCCGCAGCAGGACCUAGGUACUCUGGAGCUGAUGGUCACUCUGGGCCCCAAAGACAAACCGAACAACGAAUCGACGAUGCUUCUCAGGAAAAGCUGGAAGAGAUCCAGCAAGACUCAGCAGCAGAGUCUCCGUCUGUCAGACCUGCACAAGAAGUCUCAGCUGUGGAGCGGCAUCGUGAGCAUCAGCCUCAUCGAAGGUCGCAACCUCAUUCCCAUGGACCAGAACGGCCUCAGUGACCCCUACGUCAAGUUCCGCCUCGGACACCAGAAGUACAGGAGCAAGACCAUGCCAAAGACACUGUGCCCCCAGUGGAGGGAGCAGUUUGACCUGCACCUGUAUGAGGAGGAGACUUAUCUACUGGAGAUAGCCGUGUGGGACAAGGACACCGGCCGACGAGACGACUUCAUUGGACGGUGUGACCUGGACCUGUCCACUCUGAGCAAGGAGCGCACUCAUAAGCUAGAGCUCCCCCUAGAGGAGGACAAGGGUAUGGUGGUGCUGCUGAUCACCCUGACCGCCUCCACUGCCGUGUCCAUAUCAGACCUGUCCGUCAACAUGCUGGACGACCCGAUCGAGAGGCGCCAGAUCAACAAGAGAUACAGUGUUCUGCGGUCCUUUACGAACCUGAAGGAUGUGGGGAUUGUCCAGGUGAAGGUGCUGCGGGCGGAAGGACUACUGGCUGCAGAUGUCACUGGGAAGAGUGACCCUUUCUGUGUGGUGGAGCUGUGUAAUGACCGGCUGCAGACACACACCGUCUACAAGAACCUCAACCCGGAGUGGAACAAGGUCUUCACCUUUAAUGUGAAAGACAUCCAUUCUUUGCUAGAAGUUUCAGUAUAUGAUGAAGACCGUGAUCGCAGUGCAGAUUUCCUGGGCAAAGUGGCCAUUCCUCUUCUGAGUAUCCACAACGGCGAACAGAAGGCCUACGUCCUGAAGAACAAGGAGCUGACAGGGCCAACAAAGGGGGUCAUCUUCCUCGAAAUAGACGUCAUCUUCAACUCCGUGAAGGCCAGUUUAAAGACAGUGGUGCCGGCUGAAAGGAAAUACAUUGAGGAGGAACAAAAAGUCUCCAAGCAGCUGUUGCAGCAGAACUUCAGCCGAGUGAAACGUUGCAUCAUGUUCCUCAUUAACGUGGGCACCUACAUCAACAGCUGCUUUGAGUGGGAGUCCCCACAGAGGAGCAUCCUCGCCUUUCUGCUGUUUGUGUUAGUGGUGUGGAACUUUGAGAUCUACAUGAUUCCUCUCUCCCUGCUGUUGCUACUGGCAUGGAACUACUUCCUGUUGGCGUCGGGGAAGAAGAGUCGUGAUGGAGAUGUGGAAGCUGUGGAGGACUUCCUGCAGAACGAGGAGGAGGAGUUCGACAGAGAUGACAAGGACUCAGAGAAGAAGGGCUUCAUGGACAAGCUGUACGCCAUCCAGGAUGUGUGUGUGAGUGUGCAGACGGCUCUCGACGAGGUGGCGUCCUACGGUGAACGGAUAAAGAACACCUUCAACUGGACGGUGCCCUUCUUGAGCUGGCUGGCCAUUGCCGCUCUGAGUGUGGCCAUGGUCAUCAUCUACUUCAUCCCCCUCAGAUACGUCGUUCUGGCCUGGGGUGUCAGCAAGUUUACGCGCAAGCUGCGCGACCCCUACAUGAUUGACAACAACGAGCUGUUGGACUUCCUGUCCCGAGUGCCCUCCGACGUGCAAGUGAUUCAGUUCCGAGAGCUGAAGCUGGAUCCAUCACAAAGCCCCAGCAAACGGAAGCGGACCAACCCAGGCUAGGCUUCCACUGCAUUCGAAAAAAAAAAGAAAAAAAAGACCCCUGAGUGUCAGGUUUUUGGGUUUUUUGUUUUUUUUGUUUGUGUCAUUUAUUUUCAAACGUAGAGCACAGCUCAUGUAAAUGUAACUGUAUAUACUGUAAAGACUGUAUACAUUUGUACAAUUGUACACUCUGUAAAAAAACACUCUGUUAUGGUAGCAGUGUCCCAGGCAUAGCACAGGGGAUAGUCUAUAGGAAUGCCUCAGUAGCUUUGAAUAAAAACUGUGUCCCUUUUUCCCCCUCCCUUUUUGAAUGACCAGUGCCCUUCCAUCUGUACAACUAAAUCACGCGUCCAAGGGUCACCUUUGUAAUAUUUUUUAUAUUAUUACGCCAGAUGUCACACAGACAAUGUUACAUGGAUGACGAAUUUCUGAAUCUGUACAUCUCACUCCUGACUAAAGAGAAGAUUGUGUCACGGCAGUUAUAAAAUUCAAGAUUCAAAUUUAAACAGUUGUCAUUACCACAUUGUUUACUGUGAGCUAGCAAAAGUACUCGACGGCAAAGUGAUUUGAUUCAAUUCACCUUCCAUUGUCUGAUUGGGCUUUGCUCAUGCUAGGUUUAUCCCCUGUCUAAAUGCAAGUGUUACUUAAUCUCACAUAUGGACAGACCAUCCGUAUGGUAGAUGGCUCAAACAAUGCUAUGCCUAUAACCAUUUAGCAAUUUAUUUAUUUAUUAUUACUGAUCUUUAUUUGCUGUGAAGCCUAGCAUAUCUUUUGUAUUUAUGCACCAUAUACCAGUUAAAGCACGGUUCUGAGGCGUUUUUGCCAUGUGUGUAUAUAGUUGUAGUGGUAGUCUGCAUCUACCAGCGUUACCGCAUGCUACUCCGCAGUUGUUGUGUGCAUGACCCGAAGAAAAAGUUUCCUUCCUCUCCGAGCGAGUGCCGAGAGGGGAGAGACGAGUGAAGGACCUGAGGGUGGAUCGAUCCCCGAGAUUUCCUCCUCCUCCUCCGUCUGCCCCUCCCUGCACUGCGGUGAUCGCGGCUCUGUGACCUGUGUGUGUAAAGAUGAAGUCGUGUCGGCCGUGAGAGCAUGUCCAUGUUUGAUCUCUGAAGACCCCCCCCCCCCCCCCCCCGUCAUCAGGAGAGGACUGGUCUGUGGGCUUUUUUUCGACGCAGUGCAACUGACGUCCCGCUGUCUUAAAAGCCCGUUUCUGUGUGAGAUACGCUCGCCUGUCCGUCCGUCUGUCUGUCUGUCCGUCCGUCUGUCUGUCUGUCUGUGAACCUCUUGAACAGUUCCAGUGGUGUAGAGUUGUGUCAUGGUCUUGUGUCAUCGUCACAAGUUUGACUUUCUGUUUUUCACGUCUGUUCAUUAAAUGAUUGUAUAAA